AACAUCAUCAAGCUCGGGCAGGCAUUUGCGACGGUCGUCGAAAAGCUACGCCAGCUCGGCCUCGAUGUCGACAUCGACAAGCUCGAGCUGAUCCAUUUUACAAGGAGGCGGUCUGACCCCGCCCCCGGCCCGCACAUCAAUGUCGCCCUCCCGAAUGCCCCGGCUCGAACUAUACGCCCAGUCAACGUCAUGCGCUGGUUGGGCGUGUUCUUCGACCGGAAGCUUUCGUGGAAGCCACACGUGGAAAAAAUGGCCACGCGAGCGCGGUCGACCAUCGCAGGUCUGCGCAUUCUCGGCAACACCGUGCGCGGUCUCAGCGUGGCGAACGCCCGCUUAGUCUACAAUGCCGUGGUUGUCCCGGUGCUCACCUUCGCCUCCCCCGUCUGGUACACCGGA